AUGGCUGAAAAGGAGGCUACCGUGUAUAUUGUGGAUGUCGGGCACUCUAUGGGGAAGUGCCGCGGUGGAAGAACCAUCUCAGAUCUAGAUUGGAUGAUGCUUUAUGUCUGGGAUAGGAUCACGACAACGGUUUCUACAGGCCGAAAGACGGCCACUGUUGGGGUUGUUGGCUUGAGGACAGAUGGUGAGGAUGCUGCCUUUUCAAUAUCGGGCACCAGGUUUAAUGUCUCCACAGGCUCUUCAAAUCCACUGUGGGAGAAGCAUGAGGAAGAGAGCUACGCUCAUUUGUCAGUUUUUCAAGAGAUUGGACAGAUGUUGAUGCCUGAUAUUCGCAAAUUACGCGACUUGGUCAAGCCAAGUAAUACAAAUCAAGGAGAUGACAUGAUUGUGCGAUACUGCAAAAGACUAAAAUACAAGCGCAAAAUUGUGCUUGUCACAGAUGGAAGAAGCACGACGGACUCAGAUGGUAUUGACAGCAUUGUCAGCAAGAUUAAGGAAGAAGGCAUAGAACUUGUGAUCCUGGGCGUGGACUUUGAUGAUCCAGAUUACGGGUUUAAAGAGGAGGAUAAAGACCCGUUCAAAACUAAAAAUGAAUCCGUCCUAAAAAUAUUAGCCGAUGACGCUGAUGGAGCAUACGGAACCCUUGCCCAGGCCGUCGAGGAAAUGACUACUCCGCGGAUCAAGGUCGUGAGAGGGAUUCCGUCUUUCAGAGGUGAUUUACGGCUAGGAGAUCCUUCGCAAUAUUCAACGGGUUUGACCAUCCAAGUGGAGAGGUAUUACCGAACGUACGUCGCACGUCCACCAGCCGCAAGCGCGUUUGCCUUAUCCAUUGCACCUCCCAAAGGACAGAGUACAGCGGAAUCAUCUGUGACCUUACAGAACGGAGACUCAACUGUUGAAACCGCUAGUGCGAGUAAUAAUCUAUCGGGCGUGCGAAACGCUCGUUCGUACCAGGUUAUUGAUGAAAACGCACCAGGAGGAAAAAAAGAAGUCGAACGGGACGACCUUGCAAAAGGUUACGAGUACGGUCGCACUGCAGUGCAUAUUAGUGAAUCGGAUGAAGUUAUCACCAAGCUCGACACCACUGCCGCACUCGAGUUCAUUGGAUUCAUACAAAGCGAAAACUAUGAGCGCUACAUGAACAUGUCAACUUCUAACGUCAUAAUAGCACAAAAAAUAAACGACAAGGCCAUUCUAGCUCUAUCUUCCAUGAUUCAUGCGCUUUUUGAACUAGAAUACUAUGCUAUUGGGAGAUUGGUUACCAAGGAUGGAAAACCACCUCUGAUGGUACUCCUUGCGCCAUUAAUUGAACCAGACUUUGAAUGCCUUCUAGAAGUGCAACUCCCAUUUGCUGAAGAUACUAGAUCUUAUCGCUUUCCUCCCCUCGACAAGAUAGUCACGGUAUCGGGGAAAGUGGUGAAGGAGCACCGAAACCUUCCGAGUGACGAUCUUCUGGAAACAAUGGGUAAAUAUGUUGAGAAUAUGGAUCUCUCUGAGUUUGAUGAAAACGGGGACCCAUUUCAAUCCUUGGCGCUAGAAGACUGUUACUCGCCUCUUGUUCAUAGAAUUGAUCAAGCAAUUCGUUGGCGUGCCGUGCACCCGACUAAACCUCUUCCUCCAGUCCCCAAGGUCUUGGAAAAGCUAUCACAUUGGCCAGAGGAGUUGGUCAAAAAGAGCCAUGAUUCUUUAAGAGAUCUUAUUUCCAUUUCUGCCGUGAAAAAGGUUCCACCUAAAGCGAAAGGCCGUAAACGACGUCGAGAAGCUGACAAGCCACUCUCGGGGCUGAAUGUUGACGAUCUACUUCGUGGCGAAAAGCGUCUCAAAAUAUCACCAGAAAAUCCUAUACCUGAAUUCAAGCAAACUCUGGCAAACACAGAAGAUAUCAGCGCGAUCAGUGAUGCAGUCAAACAAAUGUCCGCCAUCAUUGAAGAUCAAAUCAGACAGAGUCUCGGUGAUAUCAAUUAUGACCGAGCUAUUGAAGGUAUAGGGACCAUGAGAGAGGAAUUGAUCGCGUAUGAAGAGCCAGGUUUGUAUAAUGACUUCAUUCGGGGUUUGAAGGAAAAGUUACUGGAUGAUAAGCUGGGGGGAGAUAGAAGAGAAAUGUGGUGGCUUAUCCGAAAAAGUAGAUUGGGCUUAAUUGAUCAAAAGGCUUUGGAUAUAUCAGACAUAACAGAGGAACAAGCUCGAGAGUUUUUGUCCUCUCGGCCUACUACAGUAUAG